GACCCCGGGACCCGCAAAAGGGCGACAGAGCACAGCACCAGAGGAGUGCUUGGCAGCUGAGAAAAGCCCGCAGGGCGCAGCAGCCCCGCGGCAGCGGGAAUCCAAAGGGGUAGAGCGCGGGCCCAAAGCCUGAGGCGGGAGGAGGGAGCGCGGCCGUUGCGAAGGGGAGCGCAGGCUGGGGGCGGAGGGCGGGCGCGCUCCCCUCGACUCCUGAUUGGUCGGCUCCAGAGAGCCGAGUGACGCCAGCCGGGGAGAACGCCGGAUUUGUGCGGCAGGCGCCGGCAGGCGGGGGGGAGCGCAGUGCGCAGGCGCAGCUGCUCGCCUCCUCGAGCCUGGCGCUCCGGCCUCGCUCUCGCGGACAAGUCCGGACUUCGCGCGCCCCCCCUCCGGGACCGCCCCCUCCUCCCUCUCCGCGACGUCGAAGAUAAACAAUAGUUGGCCGGCGAGCGUCGGGUGUGCGUCUCCCGCCGCCGGGUUCGGCGGGCUGCGUGAGGCCGGCGGGAUCCCGGCCAGCCGGCCAUGGCGGGGCUGUACUCGCUGGGAGUGAGCGUCUUCUCCGACCAGGGCGGGAGGAAGUACAUGGAGGACGUUACUCAGAUCGUGGUGGAGCCCGAGCCGACGGCUGAAGAAAAGCCGUCGCCGCGGCGGGCGCUGUCGCGGCCACAGCCUCCACCGCCUCCACAGCCGUCGCCGUCCGCCCUUCCUGGCGGCGAAGUCUCGGGGACAGGCCGAGCCCGGGACGCCCGCGACCCUGCGCCGGACGCCGGGGCCUCCAGAAUGGCCAAAGACUAUGACAGGUCUGCCCAGCACAUCAGGGACAACUGCCAGUGUGGUCAUCAUACGGGGCAUGAAGAUGUAUGUAGCUCAUGUAGGUGACUCAGGGGUGGUCCUUGGAAUUCAAGAUGACCCGAAGGAUGAUUUUGUCAGAGCUGUGGAGGUGACACAGGACCAUAAGCCAGAACUUCCCAAGGAAAGAGAACGAAUUGAAGGACUUGGCGGGAGUGUGAUGAACAAGUCUGGAGUGAACCGUGUAGUUUGGAAAAGGCCUCGGCUCACUCAUAGUGGACCUGUUAGAAGGAGCACAGUUAUUGACCAGAUCCCUUUUCUGGCAGUAGCCAGAGCACUUGGUGAUCUGUGGAGCUAUGAUUUCUUCAGUGGUGAAUUUGUGGUGUCGCCAGAGCCAGACACGAGUGUCCACACUCUCGAUCCCCAGAAGCACAAGUAUAUUAUCCUGGGGAGUGAUGGGCUUUGGAAUAUGAUUCCACCUCAAGAUGCUGUUUCGAUGUGCCAGGAUCAGGAGGAGAAAAAAUACUUGACGGGUGAACAUGGCCAGUCUUGUGCCAAAAUGCUUGUGAAUCGAGCACUAGGGCGCUGGAGGCAGCGUAUGCUUCGAGCAGAUAACACCAGUGCUAUAGUAAUCUCCAUCUCGCCGGGAGUGGACAAUCAGGGAGACUUCACCAAUGAAGAUGAGCUCUAUCUGAACCUGACUGACAGCCCUUCCUACAACAGUCAAGAAACCUGUGUAACAAAUCCUUCUCCGUGUUCUACACCACCAGUCAAGUCACUGGAAGAGGAUCCGUGGCCCAGGCUGAACUCUAAAGACCAUAUACCUACCCUCGUCCGCAGUAAUGCCUUCUCAGAGAAUCUGUUAGAGAUCCCAACCGAGAUAACUCGAGGGAGUGUCCAGGCUGUAGUCAUACCCUCAAAAGACCCAGAGCCACUUGAGGAAAACUGCACUAAAACCCUAACUUUAAGGAUACAUGAUUCUUUGAACAAUACCCUGUCAGUUGGCCUUGUGCCUACAAAUUCAACAAAUACUAUGUUGGACCAAAAAAAUUUAAAGAUAUCCACUCCUGGUCAAAUGAAGGCCCAAGAAGUUGAAAGAACCCCUCCAGCAAACUUUAAAAGGACAUUAGAAGAAUCUAACUCCGGCCCACUUAUGAAGAAGCAUAGACGAAAUGGCUUAAGCCGAAGUAGUAGUGCUCAACCUGCAAGCCUCCCCACAACCUCACAGCGGAAGAACUCUGUUAAACUUACCAUGCGACGCAGACUUAGGGGCCAGAAGAAAAUGGGCAAUCCUUUACUGCAUCAGCACAGGAAAACUGUUUGUGUUUGCUGAAAUGUAUCUGGAAGUGGGGUUUUUCCAAACAGAAUAUGAGGGCUUUUUAAAUUUGGUGCCAUCAUGGGUGUGGUGGCACACGCCUGUAAUCCCAACACUUGGGAGGCUGAGGCAGGAGAAUUACCACAAGUUCAAGGGCA